AUGUUUCAUAAGCUAAAACCUCCAUUGUUCAAAGGAGCUGUGGGACCCCAGGCUGCUGAGGAUUGGAUCAUGAGGGUGGAAAAGAUUUUUGACAGCAUGCAGUGUCCGGGGAAUCAAAAGGUACCAUUGGCUGUGUUCUUGUUUGAGGCUGAAGUGGAGAGAUGGUGGAUUGGACAGCAGAGAGAGAAAUUCCAGGGGAAGACCAAUGCUGAGAUCACCUGGGAUGAGUUCACCGCAGUGUUCAGGAUGUGGUAUACUGCUCAUUUGAUUCCUACUGCCGAGGAAAAGUGUUAUAGAUUUCUACAUGGAUUUAAUAGAGAGCUGAGAAAUCCACUAGUACCCUUCUGGAUACAUGAGUUUUCUGAGCUGGUGGAGCGGGCCCAAUUGAUAGAGAUUGACUUGGCAACACCAGUAUCGAGGUAUGAUGAUACCAGGAGGAGGAGAGAUAAGGUACAACGAGAUGAUUCAGGUAGAGACAGAGAUAGAGAGAAUAAAAGCAGGUACGAUGAUUUGAAGGGAUCUGCAUCGCGAUCUGCAUCGGUAGUAUCGUCUGGUAGUUCUGGAGAGUGCAUUCACUGUGGUAGACAACAUGCAGGUCGGUGCUACCUGUUGACGGGACAGUGCUUUCACUGUGGACAGCACGGGCACAGAGCAGCAAAUUGUCCUCAGAAAGGAUUGGGUGGAAGGACUGAUUCUGGCACGGGUACAAGAAAGCAGAGGACUGUUGGCUUGAGGGCUUACAGUGAGAGAUCAGGGAAUCGGAUGAUUGAUAGAGCUGUCAGAGAUCAGAGGGAGAUAGUUGCACCACGACCUCCUGCACUUCCUCCAGUGGUGCCAUGCAUCUACAGUCUACAAAGUUUACAGCAUCAUGAGGAUCAGCAAUGA